CAUCUUCUUUUGAGCAGAAGCGCUUCUGUAAAAGGUGCUCGUAAUCAGGUCGACUAUUUCCGCGUAAUAAAAGUUAUUCUGUUGACAAAGAACGUUCAAUACGUUUAGUAAAAGUAUUGUGAGUUAGUGACGAUUGUUCAAACACACGAGUAAUCAUUUAGCGGUCCAAAAAUGAGCGGAUACGCACGACCUCCUCCAAGGAUAGAUGGGAUGAUCUCAUUGAAGGUCGAUAACUUGACUUACCGUACCACGCCUGAUGAUUUGCGACGGGUUUUUGAGCGUUGUGGCGAAGUCGGCGAUAUUUACAUUCCCCGCGACAGGCACACGCGCGAAAGCCGUGGAUUUGCAUUUGUUCGCUUCUAUGACAAACGUGAUGCCGAAGACGCACUAGACGCCAUGGAUGGCCGCAUGCUGGACGGCAGGGAGCUCCGCGUACAAAUGGCUCGCUAUGGACGGCCAACUUCUCCCCAACGCCGCGGAGGUAACCGACAUAAUGGACGCGAAAGAGGACGCUCACGCGAACGCUACCGUCGCCGUUCGCGGUCCCGCAGCCCCGAGCAUCGCCGCCGGUCGUAUUCCCGCUCGAAGUCACGAACACCACGAUCGCGCUCCGGUAGUAAAUCGUCCCGCGGUAAGGAUUCUCGUUCCCGCAGUCCCGCCGAGCGCGGACACUAUUGAAGCGUUUAAGCGCACAUUCAUUUUUCAGCUCGCCCUUGAUGCAGAGAAGACUAUAUUGACGACGAAAGGCUUCCGCUGAAAAUAAGUGUGCAGUUUUAUAUUUGCAGAUUUUUCCCUACCCAUACACCCGACGGCAUACCCGAAUGAGACGCUUACACAAAAGCCAGCAACAAACAACAAUCAGCAGUACUUGUGAGAUCGCUAAUGGCGCGGGAUUCGUUUUGUCCGCAACCACUUUCCAUUGUGCGCUUCGAAAAACGAGUGGCCCACAAAUUUUGAUCAGAUACUAAAUAUUAGCGAGAGCAGUGAGGUGGAAGGAUACAAAGUUUAUGAAAUGGAAGGCGAAUGUAAAUGAUGUCAAGCUCUAAUAGCUCCUGUAGAACCGAAGUUUUUUUUACUUGCGUUAGUUUUCUUUCGAAUAAGGAAUUGUAGGAACGUGAGAGGGAUCGUAAGGAUAACAUAAUUCCAUCUACACGUGGAAACAAAGGUACACACACGCACGACAGUCCCUUAUCGGCGGUAUGACCAGUUGGGAAACUGUCAUCAAAAGCGGCUUGUAAAAUUUUAAAAUUACUAAACGCGAACAGAUGAGAUACAUUAUAAUAUUUAGGCAAACCUCAAGCAGCAGCAGAUUAAUUUACUACUACAAUGCAUUUCAAACAAUAAUUCUUCCUCCUCCUUAUGCGGCCAUGCUAAUGAUUCCUUUUGACACGUUAAGAAUUCCUCACGUCUGACACUGACCCAAAUGGAUCGCUUCUCUGCUACAAUCAACCAAGCGCGCUCGCGAAUACCGCGCCAUCGACCACUAUUUUACUUGGCAACACACAAUAUUAUCAGAAAUGUUCCAGCACUACUUCGGGCGUAUUCUAUCUUCAUCUGAAAUCAUCGUGGGAAGGAAAAGCGAGAGCAAUCAAUAACAGGUGAGUGUUAGGAAUCACGCCGCGUGGCCCCAAAAGGAAAAAAAGGAAGAUAGUUCUUACAACAUCUAGGUUAAUUGAAUUUAUUUCCACUAGGAAAUGUUAAAGGAGCUGACAUACAUAAUUUGUAGUAAACAUAGUAAAGUACAUAAGAAGUUUAUGAAAUAAUUGAGCAUUUUUAAGGAUGCUUGAGUAACAUAUUUUGUGGAUUUUAGGGUACAUUUCUUUACUGAGUGUAAGUUCUUUAUCAUUUUCAAGCCAUCCAAAGCAUUGAUUGAAAUGUGAAUUCGCUUUUUUAUGUGUCUUCAGCCACAUAUUCCUUUUCUCACAUGAGUUGAAAAUGCUUGCACGUCCUUUUUGUUUCUAAAAUGAGUUCACUAAGAACGUUUGAAAUGUGCUGUAUAAUCCGUAAAAAGUUUUACGUAUGACAAAAUGCGCUGCGUUAGUUUCGAUAAUUAUGUUCAAUCGGGCAUUAAAAAAAUGCUGCAUGGACUUUGGAUGUAAUAUUAGAUUUUGUUUCCGAUAAUAGGAUUCUUAAACUAUAAUUUUGAUAUAAAACAACGACAUGGUUUUGACUUUA